ACAAAAUUAUUUUGCCUAUCUGUCAAUCAAUGAUCGAAUUUACAUGAACAUCGAACAAUAUCGAUGUAAUGUGAAAAGUGGAACGAAACAAACUAAUGAAACACCAUGAAUCACGACGAGAUAAAGUCUGUGGUACAGGAAAAGUUCCUAUCCAGCGAACGCGUUACAGCUUUCCUGUGUGACGCCAAAGUAUUACAUCCCGAAUGGGUAAAAAAGGAUCGGCUAUUAGCGAUCGUCGAGUUUGGCGAUGAAAAGGCAGUAUUCUGCUUGUUUACGUCAUGCUAUCCGCCAAAGUCCUUCACGGAUUUAUCUAUCGAAAUCGUGUUGCCGAUAGAUAAGAGUUUCAAAUGUGAAAUUGACAACAAACCUUCCGACCCCGAGGCCAUACUGUACCUGAAUCUCCAAUCUCGUAGUAAUAAGUAUAAGUUUGAAAUACAGAUGACCCCGCGCGUCGACAACUUCGUCGACGAUCUGUUCCGAGGUAUCGAAGCUGUGAACAAAGUGCCAACCCAGCCAGAGUUUGUGUGGCUCAAGAAAUACAGUGGGAAGAUAGAUAACGACAUUCUGACGCAUACGAUGGCGCUGCCGGGUGGUGUGCCGCACACGCAGAGCUCGGCGCCCGUCGCCAUCAGGGAGAGCCUCAUCAAGCACAAAAUGUCUGACAAGGAAUAUGAGUAUACAUUUACAAAGAAAUUCUCCAUUUUCUGUGGGACAUGGAAUGUAAAUGACAAAUCUCCUGUGAUUCCUCUCAAGGGAUGGCUGAGUGUGGACAAGGAGCCCCCUGACAUCUAUGCUGUUGGCUUCCAGGAGCUGGACCUGUCUAAGGAGACAUUUUUAUUUGAUCAAACCUUCAGAGAAGAUGAGUGGUACAAUGCUGUCAUAAGUUUUGUUGAUAGGAGAGCCAAAUAUGUGAAAGUGGAGAAAGUAAGACUGGUUGGCAUGAUGCUGAUAGUCCUUAUAAAAGAGAAGCACUUCUCCCAUGUGCGUAAUGUGGUGUGCGACACUGUGGGAACUGGUAUCAUGGGAAAGAUGGGCAACAAAGGAGGAGUGUCCAUCAGGUUUGACCUCCACAGCACAUCUAUGUGCUUCGUCAACUCUCACUUGGCAGCACAUGUGGAGGAGUUUGAGAGAAGGAACCAAGACUUCAGAGACAUCUGCAACAGGACCAGGUUUGUGCAGCCCAACCAGCUGCCUAAAGCUAUCAAGGACCAUGACCAUGUGUACUGGCUGGGAGACUUAAACUAUCGCAUCACAGAAUUAGACCCCACUACAGUCAAAAAGUUGUGUAAUGAAAAUACUUUUGCACCUGUACUGGAAUGGGACCAACUGAAACAGCAACACAAAGCCAAUAAUGUGUUUGCCGGAUACACUGAAGGUGACAUCAACUUCAAGCCCACUUACAAGUAUGACCCUGGAACAGACAACUGGGACUCCAGCGAGAAGAACAGAGCUCCUGCAUGGUGUGACAGAAUAUUCUGGAAAGGAGAUAACAUCACACAACUAGGUUACAGGAGCCAUCCAUCAUUAAACAUCAGUGACCACAAACCGGUAUCAGCUAUAUUCAACUCCUCAAUUAAAAUAAUAGAUGAAGAGAAAUACAGGAAGGUUUACGAAGAAGUCAUAAAGCAAUUGGAUAAAAUGGAGAAUGAAUUGAUUCCGCAAGUGAAGGUUGAUAGAACUGAAAUUGAUUUUGAAACGGUCCGCUACUUAGAACUGCAAGUGAGAACAAUCACUAUAAAGAACAUUGGAAAACUGCCUGUGGAGUUUGAGUUCAUUAAGAAAUUAGAUGAAACUAGCUUCUGUAAGGACUGGCUGAUUGUGGAACCAUACAAAAAAUGUAUUUGUGCUGAAGAAACUUGCGAAAUUCAACUCAAGGUGCUCAUAAAUAAGACAUCAGCUUGCAAAAUGAAUGCUGGGACAGACAAACUCUAUGACAUUCUUGUACUACAUCUGUAUGGUGGCAAAGAUAUAUUUAUAACCAUAAACGGAACAUACCAAAGAAGCUGCUUCGGGUGCUCGAUAGAGGUUUUAGUGAACCUCAACAUGCCAAUAAAAGAGGUGCCUGUAGGGAAAUUAAUUGAGCUUGAAAAUAAAAGAGAUUCCUGUGUCUCUAACCAGUCUACAUAUUCCAUCCCAAAAGAGAUUUGGUUCCUAGUUGACCACAUUUAUCUGCAUGGCUUGAAGGAACCCAACUUGUUUGAGCAGCCUGGGUUUCAUUCAGAAAUACUGCAGAUCAGAGACUGGUUAGACAGUGGCUCUAUAGACCCAAUACCUGGGAGUAUCCACUCAGUAGCUGAGGCAUUGCUACUACUUCUAGAAAGUACUGCAGACCCCAUCAUUCCUUAUAAUCUUCAAUCAGUAUGCCUGAGAGCAUCAGCAAAUUACUUGCAAUGCAAACAAAUUAUUAUGGAGCUGCCAGAAUUCAGAAAGAACGUUUUUCUGUACUUAUGUGAAUUCCUGCAAGAGGCUCUACAGCACAGUGCUGAAAACGGGCUCGACUCGAAAACAUUGUCGACAUUGUUCGGCGCCAUUUUCCUCAGGGACAAUCCGAACCAAACGCAAGAGCCACAGUCCAGGAUAAAUAAACAAGUCAUUGAUAAGAAAAAGGCACAGUUUGUAUACCACUUUUUGGUAAAUGACCAUAGUGAUUUAAUAUUCUCUAGAUAAACUAAUUGUUUGUUGUAACAAUGUGUAUCUUGGCUGGGCAAAUGGAACACUGCCAUUAGAUGCAAAAUAAAUAGCCUUGCGAUGCCCCAACAAGUUGUCCAUUUAACUGUCCAAGCUCUUGUUUAGUACACCUGUACUAGUUGUUUUUAAUUUAUUAGGAUAAUACUCAAAAAUUUCCAUUAGUUAAUCUAGGAAAUAUUUUUACUUUUAUAAUCCCACUUUAGAGAUUGUACCGUACCUUUUCAAAGAAGUCUCAUAAAAUAUUUUACGCUUAAUUACCUUAAAUGAAGUAUGAGUCCACAUUUACAUUUAUCUGUGUAACAUUAAGCUCAUCGUUUUGUUCAAUGUUCUUGGUAAAUGACAUAAUCACUAUAAUUAUACUUGUGUGACAAAAUUAUUGUCUCUUUUGUGUUUGUAUUUAAUUAUUCCAGAUUUUGUUUGUGACGCGUAGAAUUAGGAUCGUCGCCCACGCAGCAUACUGGCAAUAGAAUCGAAUUUUGAAUUUGGAAGCAGUUUUUGUAGUCAGCUACUCCUCGCAAUAAUCGCUUUUCGUCAGACGAUAUUUCCUCAUUAUAAAAAUGUAAGAAGUAUGAGUACCAAGAAGUAUUGAAUGAUAGCAAGACUGUUGCCACAAUAUUGCGUGGGCGACAUUCCCCGGCUCAAUUGCUGUAUACUGAUAAAUCUGCACAUAAGUCAUUGUUAGCUCUCUCAGACCAUAGUUGAUUUUCUAAGAUCGCUUGGAGCCCUGAUUCAAAGAUCUCUGAAAAUAAGAAAUAUUAAACAGUAAUUUUGUUUUUUUUUUAUUAAAUUUUAAUUAAAGUGAUGUCUGCCAAAUUAUUAAUUCUAAAAGGUAUACAACUUGAAAUUGGGUACAUUACCAAAUUUUAAAAUGUCAGUAAUAAUGAGAUAAUUUGUAUGUUUAAAAUAAUAAUAAUGCAUUAUGAUUUUUUUGUAAAGUUGUUAGAAAAAAUGCAAAUGUGCUGGCUGAUUUAUGUAAUUACUGUGUCAAAUUGCCAUAUUAUAUGGUGUUCCACUAUGUCAGCCUACUGCAUUUUUUCUAUUGAGCACUUAAAAAGUAUUUUUAGUCGCUAGUUCAACGAAUCAAAGUGGCCAAGUCCAUUAGUUUUAGUUUUUAAUUAUUAUCUUUUUCUUAAUAUUGUUAUUUUAUGACAAAAAAGAUUUUAUGUACCACUUAUUGUAACUUAUAUGACAUUUUAUGAAGCUCUUUAUUAUCACAAACUUUUGAAAAUUCACAAAAAUUUACAGGAUUUAUUACGAUAUACGAAUAGAUAAAUGUAUGUUGAUAUUAAUAUUUACUGCGAAAAGAUCCGCUUACUAUUUGACUGGUGCGAAUGAUUGUGAAAGUAUGUACACUAUGUAUUUGCGUGUUACGUGCAUAUAAAUUGUACUCUUGACUUAAAAAUAACUUACGUAAUCAAAGUGUAAUCAAACCUUUGCAAAAAUAGCUAUGCAACCGCAUUUACAAUAUCAUUUACCUAUAUUGGUGUCAAGGAUAGUAGGAAAUAUGUAUUUUACAUAAUUAUUAUACUUAAACAAAUAUUUUUAUUAUUAUAUUUAUUCGUUCAUGUAAUAAUGAAUAUAGUGAACUGUUAAUUUAUUAAAUUAUAUAAGAAUACCACAAUGAAA